UUCAAUAUGAUUGUGGUCUUUACCAGCCUCCACAUAUAUACAUGUGCUGUAUAAAAUGUAAUUUUAUUAUAUUUAUCACAUGCUACCAUUAUUCCCUCCACAUGUAUCUUCUUAUGUAUCUCUGACAUUUGUUUGUCUGUGUGUGUUUGUCAGUGUGAGGGUUAUCAGGGCCGAUGGGUAGAGAGUGUUUACCGGGUCAGUACUGGGACUCCUUGGUGAAAGAAUGUAUGAACUGUAGUAAGAUAUGCCAGCAAGCACAUAUCAGCUCCAGAUGCACCAGUUACUGUGAGUAUGCAAAUUGUAAGGCACUGCCUGGCCACUUCUAUGAUGGGCUGCUGAAGAAAUGUAUGAGGUGCGCCGAGCUUUGUGGCAGACAUCCAGCAGAAUGCUCCCAGCACUGCUCGAUUCCCUCACACGUGCCAGGGACGGUAGUACCGACAGCCCUGGAGGAGUCCAGUAUUCUGCUCUACUCCCUGCUGGCCCUAUCAAUGGUGCUGCUGUUUUCUAGCUUGGCUCUAGCCUUGGCCGUCUUGCUGAAGAGGUCCAGGGCCAAAACCUCCAACUUAAGAACCAAGGAGGCUGACCACAACCAAGAGUCUGUUGUCCAGCCGGGCCAGGAGGUUGGCCAGUCAGGGUACUAUGCCUCAGAUUUUGUUACAAAUUCAAGCCGUCUCACUGACCGCGAGCCAUCAGAUGAAUGCAGCCCUACUGAGACCUGUGUGUGUGUCCACUGUUUCCCUGAUCUGAAAGCACUAGGGCAGGGCAAUGACAGGCUACACAGAGCGCCCUUUUCAUUAUACCCGCCUCCUUUCCUCCAAAGAGCCCAGAUGCAGAAGGAAGACCCCCUUUGGACUCAGGUGGACCUAUACACCGAUGGAAUGGAGGUGCAUGAGGAGGCUGCAGUGGGAUGAGGCUUAUUUGCUUCCUUACAGGACAACUGAAAUUGUCCCCAGCUCAUAGGAGAAGAUGGUCAGAGUAGUGGAUUUUCCGUCAGACUGUAGAUGUCAUGACAAAGGUUUUGGACUGUGAAACUGAAAAAAACAAAAAAAAAACGUGUUAAAAGGGGUGCUUGCUCAAUGUUGGUGCCCUGACAUUGCUUCAUGACUUCUGUUAAACUGUCAAACAUCGACUACUAACAUGCAUGUCUGGUCUAGUAGUUAGUGUUCAUAAUCCAAAAAAAAAAAAAAAAAAAAAACCCCCAAAAAACUGCAAAUCAAAAACAACCAAAUUACAAGCAAUCUUCCAUCUGUUUAAAUGCCAAUGAAUUUCAUCAAAUAAACUUGUCAUAUGAAUUGAAGAAAUCGAGAAUACAAAUUUGGAGUAUUUGCAUGAUAAAAAGUUACUACUAUCACUAGUAAACUUUUGCUUUUUGUUUAAAUCCACAAUCCUUUAAUUGUGGAAGAACGAAGUCAAGGUGGAGGAGAACAAGCUCCCACAGCUCUCUCUCACUGACUGCAUCCGAUUCAACAAGCUAAAAGGGUCAUGAAAAAGACCGACUAGCUUCAGGAGCACUACAGGUCACGGUCACCCACACAAGCUCAACGACAACAGCAUAUGAUUGCUAACUGUCAUCUUGCUGUGUCAGUUCUCCUGUAAAUAAUCAGUCGUGCUUUUUUGUUUGAUACCACAACUGAGAGUCGGCAAAGUCAAAUGUUCAGGUCCUACUGAUUCCUCAUUGAGGCUAGAAGUCUGCAAUCAAAAUGUAAAUGCAGGGGCAGAGGCAUGAGCUCAUUCUGGGCAGUUACUAUCUGCAGAAAAUGUAUAAUUAAUCAUCUUUAUUUGUCCACAAAUGUGGAAAUUUGCCUUUGGCUUUUCUGGUGGGUUAAAACACCAUCAUAGAAAAUUCUUUGUGUUCCAUUGUGAAUGGUGCUGGAAUUUAGCAAGGUUUUUGCCUUUUGUACAAGACUUUCUCUAAAAUGUUCUGGCUUACAUCGUUUUAAUCCAACUUCCUGAUUAGAUACGAGCGCUGCACUUCUUUUUAAAACAUUUAUAGUGUUGGCUGUAAAAAAAAAAAAAAGUGCAAUCAAAACAGGUUGCUAAGUAUUUAAACUCUUCUAACGCGUCAAUGGACUGAUCAUUAAUCAAAACAGGAGGAAAAUAAUGACUCACAAUAACCAGCUCCUUAGUCUCGCUUUCAUCAAGGGUGCUGUCUUCUCCCUACUUGGUGAGCUAACCAAAAAAACUGUGCAAAUACGAAGACUGAGUAACUGUGUUCCCUGUCUGCAUGUGACCAACUAAUGCCAUAUAUAUAUAAUACCACCAGUAUAUGUACUGCCACAGAUAUGUACAAUAUAUGUAUGUAAAUCGUGUGUACUGCAGGUUGUCAGCUCACGCACCAUCGGUCACAGACAUAUCUGCUAGUGAGGGCGUACGGGUGUCCUCGUCUCUGCUGGGCAUGAUAGAAUGGUAUUAUUUAACAUGGGAAAGAUUUCUUCACUACAUUAACAGACAACCCUUCCACACACACACGGUUUCUUUUCAACUAUUAUCUUUUGUGUAUUUUGUCUUUUUUACUAGUUAAUGUCUUAGUCCUCUGUUUGAGGUGGUGUAUUUUGCCCCCCCCCCUGUUUAAUGUUUUAUUUUAUUCCUUUGUCUUUAUAAAAUUAAAUAAAGUCAAUCAUGAAAAAAUGA